CAAUCUGCGGCUUGUCUGUUUUCAUUUUUCAGUGCGACUCACAAACAAAAAUGAGAGUAGGUGUCGCAGUCAUGAUCGGAACGAAGAAUUAGUAUUAAACGAUGCUUAGUCAAUGACAAAUGAAACAAUUGCAAUCGUGAGUAAUCUCUAAGCUCGGAUUAGCCGUUGUUUUAACUUUUCACGAUGGCUGCCAGCGGGAGCACUGUCUGUGAUGAAAAAACGAAAAUACGAAUGAUGAGUUUGACUUACCUGAGGAAUACUUUUCAAAAGAAGUCAGAGAACUCAGGCUGUGCCGAAAUUGCGUCAAUUGAAAUUGAAAAGAAUUUGGGACGAAUUGAAUGUCGCAAUAUUCCGAACGACGAUUUACGUUCGGAAAGAUUAAAGUUCUCCGCUCACUGUAAGCCCAUCGAAUGUUAUCAGGACAUGGAGUACAAAGAAAUUAGUAACGACAACACCUUCGGACUCCUUAGAAGGAUAAAAAAACGGCUCCACAUUAGAGAUUUGAAAUUUUGUAAAUCCAAGCAGAAGAUCAAAGCCAUCGAACCAUCCAGUCCAUCCUACGGUUUGACCAGCACUUUGAACGUCACGCAAAGUCAGCUGCCGAUUAAAUUCCUUAAUGAAAAGAAGAACUCGCUAACAAACAUUGUGUACAAUUUGACAAACGAAGAGAAUGGUUACUCUGAUGAUAUCCCAAACCAGUCGCAGAGCGAUUCGAUCGACGGGGAAGACAGACUUCGGGAAGAACCUGAGUACAUUUCUUCUGGGAUCGGCAAUACGGCCAUACCUCAAGCCAGUUGUUCUGGAGAAUCUGGAGAUUUGACCUCCGACGCCGAAGGCAAAAAUGAUAAAAAGGUUAAUUUGACCGAAGAGUUGCUAAGGCUCAGUAAGUAUGGAUGGUACUGGGGACCAAUUUCAAGGGACGAAGCAGAUUCCAAGCUGACUAAUGAGCCAGAUGGGGCAUUCUUGGUCCGGGAUUCAUCUGCAGACAAGUAUUUACUGACACUCAGCUUCAAGUCAUCUGGAAAACUGCUUCACACCCGAGUUGAACACAGUGGCGGCUUAUUUUCGCUGUAUUACCAUCCAGAGUGCGAACGGUUCUCAUCUGUAGUAGCUUUAAUCAAUCAUUCAAUGAGUUUUAGCCAGUCAGCCGUAUAUUGUUAUUCCCGUCCGAGGUAUCCUGGUCAUCCAGCUUUUCCAGUUAGAUUAACUAAACCGGUUAGUCGAUUUACGCAAGUCAGAAGCUUGCAAUACCUCUGCCGUUUUGUCAUCAGGCAAAACACUAGGGUCGACAAUAUCGACAAGCUUCCGUUGCCUGAUACUAUUAGAGGAUAUAUCGAGGAAGCUCAUUAUUAAAUUAUAAAUAAUUAUCGCCCAAAAUGAGGCACUUAGUUUCUUCCCCCGGUUCCUGAUUUUUUUUUAAGAUGUCUCUGUCUCAAGUCUCUCGAGUAUAAGAUGCAUGGAAUAGCCUUUCACUUCCCUGAGAUUAUAAAUUGCGUAUCUUUUUAUAAUUCUCUCAACUCUGCAACAUAGUUGGGGUGUGGUUGAAUUUCAUCUAACUUCUACGUUGAGUUCGUUUGAUUCGUAUCUUACGAGAGUAAAUUGUGUCCACCUAAGCUCGAUUUCUGUGUGAUUGAACUAAACCUCGCAGCGUUAAAAUAUACAAGAAUGAAAAAUUUUGUUUCUCCGUUUCAAAUUAACCGUAAUAGAAAAAGAUGUAAACUAGUACGGUGUAUUUGAAACACGCUUAUACUCGAAAGUCUAUCAAGUUUCAUCCUAAUCAGGUUUAAAGUAGCCAUUUCGUCACCGUUUCGGUAUGAAAUGCUCCAUAUAUUUUAUACAGAAUGAAUCUAGACGUACGUUAUACGUAUUUUUGUACCUUCUUAUUUUUGGAAUAAACUUUUAUGAACAUC